AUGAAUCGAAGGUCCGGUCUGCAGUCGGAUCCAAAAUACAGAUCAUAUUCCGUUGCCAUUGACAAAUGCCUCAAGUCAUUUGAAUAUUCAAAUGAAUGGGCUGAUCUGAUUUCCUCUCUAGUUCGCCUUAUAAAGUUAAUCCAACAAUACGAUCGCUACGAUGUGAUUCCUAAAAAGCGUUUGUUGGGCAAACGCCUAGCACAAUGUCUCCAUCCCGCUCUCCCUCCAGGAGUUCACUGCAAGACUCUUGAGUGUUUUGAUCUUAUCUUUCGUAUUAUGGGUCCGAAUCAUCUUGCUGCCGAUAUUAGCAUCUACGGCCCCUGUCUCUUCGGCCUUCUCGGUCCCUCCGCCAUGACCGUCAAGCCGCUUCUCUUUAGUCUCUUCGAAACCUACUUUCUUCCCCUCGGCGAAAAGCUGAGAACUGCUUUUUUGGGGCUCCUGCAAGGUCUCUUACCCGGUCUCGAAGAGGGGUCAGAGUUUUUUGAACGUGGCAACAGUAUCAUUGAAAAAUUCUGUUCGGUCGUAGGACCUGAUUUCUUCUACACUUGUCUUUGGCAGGUUUUGAUUCAUGCCCCAUCAGUACGGCACUUCGGCACCGCAUUCAUCCUCAAUCACUUCAACAAGCGACGACAUCUCUCAACUCAGGCCUGUUUCUUCGGAACCUCAACAGCGGUUCUGUUGGAAAGCAUACGAUGCUUGUUGGCUGACAACGUAGUGCUGGUUCAGCGUGACACCCUGGAUUUUGUCAUCCUUACUCUGCCAGUACAUUUGGUUGCAUCUACUUCCUCACAAAAGCAACAGAAGAGGCGUGAUCAGUGCAGCCAUCCUUUGGAAGGAAGGAUAGCUGCGUCGGAGAUGCGGGACCUGGUGGCGGCGGCGCUAACGGUGCUUCUGCGAAAGGAUGCCUCAUUGAAUCGACGUCUUUUCAUGUGGUUGUUGGGCUCGCAGGCCAUUGAGUCUGCCGAUGCGUCCCAGCAUGCCACCACGGUUGCUAGAAUAGCGCUUCAUUCUAGUAACGUCCAAAACGACUCAGAUUCCGCAAUCCAACUGCAGUAUUUCAAAACCUUCAGCCUCCGACUUCUCACAGAGGCGAUGCAAGGCAUCCUUAAAUUGACUCUUGCUUCGCCCUCCAUCGUAGAUGUGCAAACGGCCAACCGCAGUGCUUGUUUCCGUCCCUUCCGCCUCAUGGGAGGUCUCUUAAACCGUUCGGAGAUCGGUUCCCUUCUAGUAGAGCACGUUCUGGUAGACUUUGUCUUCUUCACCCUCCAUAUGUACCAUCGCCUUCAACGCAUCAGUGGUAAUGAUGGAGGGAGUAAGAGUCCCCAUUCGUCUGCCUACUCAUCGGAAUCCUCGUCACCAGCGAACCAGCGAUCCAAGGAUCAAAAACUUCCUCAGCAGACGUUGGAAAUGCUAGCACAGUACGAUGCCUGCACCAUGGAUAGUAUACUCCGAAAUAGUGGGGGAUCUAGUCGAAAUGGCGGCAGGCGGACGCUCUCCACCACCAAUCCACGUUUAAGUUUUCGCCAUUCCAGUGAUCCCUUUAAGGAGGCCCUUCCAUCAGCCUCUACUGCUGCUCGUAUCUCUGUGGAGGCAGAAUUCAUGCGCGAAGCGGAGCUCUUCUUCGCCAACCUCGAGUCGGAAUUUAUGUGGCCCUUUCUUCAGAACCACUUCUUCCUCUCUCCCAAAAAAGUGCGUCGCGGAUGGGUUUCUGCAGUCCGCUUUUUGGUGGAACAUCUGCCAACCGAUACGUAUCCGGAGGUUCGCGGCUGCCACCUACCUCGCAUGGUCUCCGGCUUGACAGUGGCCCUAAGCGAGCGGAUGGAUCAUCUCACCCUGACAGAGAUCGCCGAGUUUAUCGAUUUGCUAGUCGUUCUGAUUGCGCACAUUCAAGAGCAUAUGGUGACAAUGCUGGAUCAGUCUCUGGCUGAUGUUUCGCGUCCAUCAACAACGGGUGCAUCCAGCGCCUCCAAGCCGUGGAACAAAGAGGUUGUUUUGAUCGCUAGUGCGAUUGGAGACGUCCGACGUCUUCUCGCGGCUUUUUUCAAGCACUUUCUAUGCUCUUCAUCAUCUAAAAUGGUGGAUAAUUGUUUGGAUUUUCUACGAUAUCAGGGGAAAGAUCUGAAUGAUCUGGACAGCAAGUUUUGUGAAUUUUUUGACUCGAAGGCGGGAGAAGUGGAGCGAACUGUAGUGGUGGAUCUACUGGCUCAGCUUUGUCGCCUUGUUGUGGAAAUGUGCAAUGUCCCUCUUGUUCAACCGUCCACUGAUUCUGCUUCGACUGACGAGCUUAAUUUCAGUCGUCUCUUUGAUAGCAGUUGUGGUGCAGACGAUACAGCUGCCCUUCCGGAGUGGUUGGCUUGCCUCGUAGCAGGUGGAGUGUUGUCUGCAGACUUCGACACAAAGGCCGUCUGCCUUCACGCCUUGUUGGAUCUGGUCGAGGCUUCCACUUCCAUCCACGGCUGGCCUUUUGGCACUUCCGACUGCAAUCACCACCACCACCUCCACCAACAACAACCUCUGGGUCGCAGCGGACUUCUUUUACCUGUCCUGACUCCCCAAGUUCUAAGUACUCUCGCUUCCAGUUUGGACUUCUUCCCGGUUGCUGGAGUUUCCCUGUGGUGUUUCCUAAAUGAAUCCACCUAUGCGGAGGACGCAGCUUCCCUGUUGAUUCGGGUCCUAAACAUGGCACCGAAAAAUGUGACUUAUUCCGCAGAGGUUAUGGUGGAGAACUUCAUUGUGCAACAGAUGCUCUCUGCAGACCCUGCACUUCGUACCCUUGCACACCGCCGAUUCGCUCUGCUUUGGCAAUUUCAACGCUCUUCGGUCUCCAGCAUGGUAGCAUCGACGACAACGUCGACAUUGGCUAAUGCAACGGGUGCUGGUGGCAAUUCAAGCGGUUUAGGCACUUGUGUUUCUGGCUGGCGCAGAGCUGCGAUGGGUUUGCCUCCGAUCAGCAAUGAGAGUGCUUCAAGUGUCGCAAAUUUUAAUCGAUGCAUCUUGAUCCUGCUGGACAAUUUAGACGACGCGGAGACGACAAGUAGUGGCGGGAGCGGCAGUGGUAGAUGGAUGCACUUCUGCGAUUCCCUCUUUCUAGCGUCUUCAGCUGCACCGGCAACGUCGGAAGCGGCGGAGUCACAGAAGGCGCGAGCGGAGGUGCGACAGGUGGCUGCGGCUUGGCUUACCUCCGCCUUGAGCAGUGGACAGGUGGGUCGCGUAGUGGCACCACUCUUCUUCAUCCUUCUCCAUCCUUCCACGGCGCGCACCAGCCUACUCUCUAUCCGUCAUCGCCGACGUCUCCUUCGGCGGAUCCAGCGUAGGCGAAAUCGGCGUCUGCGACGCGCUAAAGCGCUUCCGAGCAGUACCCAAGAGAAUUCCGAUGUUGACGCUACCGAUAAGAUUGAGGAGGAAUCUGAAGACGAUGACGAGGGUUAUGACGGUUCUGAAUGCGACACAGAUGACGAUGAUGGUGAUGAUGAUGAGUAUGAUCGGAAUAUCUACGCCCUCUCAGGAGGCUCACCGUCAGGCGAAUUGCAUUUCUACCUCUCAUCAUCCAUCUCUCAGCCAUCGACGUCCGAGGAGAGACACAAGCAGCAGGAGAUGAGACCAAAGAAGACAACGAAAACGAUGAAGGCAGAUAAUGGAGACGUCUUCGAUGAGGAAUACUGUCCGGUCAACGUAAUGACGCCUCUUCAAAGUACCAAUCAUGACACCGAAACUGGAAUUAGUGAAGUGGAGCGUGUAUCAGUUGAUCGGGCUCGAAGAGAUGUGAUUCAGGUUCUCCAAGCUGGCGGAGGCUGGACCUGGCGAAGUCUCCUUGGAGGUAUAGGCGGUGUUGUUCAUGACCUUACUCGAUCUCGCGGCCCCCUCUGUCGAUCCUUUUUUCUUCCCUUCCUCUCCGCCAUUAAAUUGUUACCUAAUGGCUUUCGCGAGGGAGCGGCCUUUUCUCAGCCCUCCUCUUUUCGCCUCCUGGCAUCGACAGCCUUGAGGACUAUAAAAGUGGCGGCGUGCCUCUUGCCGCUUCUGUCGCAGCUACUGGCGCCCCAAUCGCAACCGGGGGAAAUGACAACUGAUUCUGCCAACCUCUCGCCAUUUAAUCAGCUUGUGGCGUCUCCGGUAAAAGUACUACCGGUUCAUGAACACCUCCUUGUGUAUCUGCACAGAUAUGACUUCAAUCAAGUCACCUACGCCCUCUCAAGAUUGUGUGCGAUUCUCAGGAGCGAUGUUGGCACCCUGUUUGUGCUAGCCUUGGCCGCCUCUCCCACAGCAUCGAAAGGGCCAUCAAAUUCAGCAUCUGCAACGCGAGAGGUCCCGCGAUUUGCGACCUGUGAAUUCCCAACACUCUUUGGCACAAACCUAGCAGAUCUCCUGGCUCGUCACUACCGUUGCCUGCUGACUGGAGGUUGCGACGAUUUUGCACGUCACUCGACCAUGGACGAAAUAGGAUACAUAGUUAACUGUCGAAUGCCCAGCCUUCUAGACGUCUUGCUUUUCAUCUGUCUCACAUUCCUCCUCUCCCUGUCAUUGCCUUCAGAAUCCUCUGACAAUGCAAAUGUCCGCCUCGUGGCCGCUGAAUUGCUUCAGCUUAUCACCGAGAAACUUCUUCAUCUCGCUGUCAUUCUCACUCCGACGGAGGAGGGUGAAUUGGUGUUGGAUACCAAAAAAGACGAAAGCGGAAUGACAGCGCUGAUCGCCACCCUUAGUGACUCGGGCUCAUCGUGGAUUGACGCGGUAAUUCAGAGGUCGGGUCUCUCACAGGCUGUUCUUCACUGCCUCGCUACCUCUACUGAGCUUACUCACAUCUCUGACAGUCUCAACACGGCAGAUGACGUGAGUCUACCACUCUGUCUACGUCUUUUGAAAUACAACAGCGGCACUGAGAACUUGGCCGAACUAUCGUGUCUCCUCAAACUCACCCACCAUCUGCUUCAACUCACUGCACCGCGUGGCGAACCUUCUCAAAAAUCCACUGCUACUAUCUCCACACCGUCCAACAGUCGUUCAAGUAAAACCCCACCGGCAAAUACCAAGAUCGCCUCAAAGAGAUUAGCGAACCAAUCCUCCUCUACAUCAACACAGGUCCACUUCUCUGGAACCCUUCCCUGGUGCACGUCGCAUAUUCCUGUUUUCUCUUCAACUCUGAAGGGCUUAACCCCUCUCUCCCAGUCAACAGCACUCCUCGCCGUCCUCACAACUCACUUCAUCGGAUCCUGUCCAUCUACCAGCCACUCACGUUCACGGCAUGUUGCCACUCAGAUGUUGCUGUUGAACACUCUGCGACUGGGAUUGAGCCCCACAGCGCGUAUUGAUCUGCAUCCCCUGUGGUUCAACUUUCUGCGGGAGAGCCUGAUCUACUGGGGCGCGGCGACCGCACUUUUAAUCAAUCUGAUGGUUUCACAGAUGUCUACGAUUUUGCAGAUGCUUGCAGAGCCCUUCUGCCAUCUUCUGAUACCUAUGGAAGCGAACAAGGGAACACCCUCACCAUCAGACUACCCAGCGGACUACACUCUACAACUUCUCACUUGUCUGCGAGGCAUUACUCACACCUUCCUCCUUCCCAUCGGCCAAUCGAAGUUCAAUCUUUUACAUGGAAUGACACUGGGUGCCACUGCUUUCGCGCAUAACUGGUCACCUCCUGCCACUAAAUCCUCGCCUACUCAUCGUGGGAAAUCGUCAAGCAACUCAUCGUCCAGCUUUAAAGGCGUGUCGCCCUCAUUCGGUGACUACGAAACACCAGAGAUGCUCCGAGACUCGAUCCGGGUAGCAGAGGCACUGAGAGAUUUCCAUGCGCAUUAUAACCAGAACUUUGAUUUUGCACCCCUCGGUCCUGCACUUCAGCGUAUGCAGCAGGCCUCUCUGGAGAGCGAUGCAUCAUCCUCCGCCCUCCAGAUAGCUCUUCUCUUCACUUCUAAGGACUUGCUGGGCACAGAAGUUAUGCCCGACUCCGGUAAUUUGGCCUUAAAUUGGGCUAGAGGACGCGCGGAAAUGUGCCAUGUUUUCCCCGCUAUACUCGCUAGCCUCGCCACAAUCUGGUUGGCUCUGAACCAGUCCUGCGAUCCCUCGUCGUCCUUGUCAUCGCUCUCUUCGGGUGAUGACCUUGAAGCCUCUUUUGAGACCGGUAUCGACGCACUAGGUACGCUCCCACAGCGACAGUGCUCGGAGCGUCGCGAUUCCGGUCCGUCUCCGUUGCGGUUUCAAUCGCCUGCCUGCCCUUACCGCCCUCGGUCAUCCCGAGGUGGUGCGUCGAGCGAUCGAUAA